AACUUAAUUUUUCAAAAAAAAUUCAAAUUAACAGGGACAUACGCCUUGACCCGGCAUAAUUUAUUAUCAAAUAUUUUGAAGCAUCUGCGUCAUGCAUGCAAACCUCACGGAACAGUGAUUCUGUAUGCGUGAAUUCGGUUUCUUUUCAAAACGCGGUCAUAAAUACAAUCUCCAGUUUUUGAAUUGCAGCCUUAUUCCGUCAUGAAAUGCAAAAAAGAUUUCAGAGCUGUCAAUCUUUUGAAAAAGAAAAAUACAGAAAGCCCGCCAUCUUAAUUGUAUUUGCUUACGAGUCUCGAAAGAUUGAAAUUUAUUCCCUGCAGUACUAUAAAUCUAUUAUAUAUUGAUUUGGGUUGUAAAAAUCAGGAGUCAGACACCGAUAACUGCAAUUCAAGUCCUUUUGGUAAGAUAUGGCAAAGACCUCUGAAUUUGGCCCUGAAUUGCAGCCAUCCCCAACCACAGGGGGAAAAUUAUCUGAAGGAAAGGGAAAGAGGCAGGAAUAAGAGGAUGAGCUGUAUUAGGUAGUAAAAGGAUUCCUUCAUGCUUAUUGUAUUUCGAGAUGCAGAUGAUAUCAAAGAUAAGUCUAGUGCUUCCCAGAUUGCUGAGGUACAGGCAUGGCUUAAUUCUGUGUUUGAGGCUGCUGGGAAGGAAAUUCCAGAAUUUAAAUACACAACCAGUGCUGUAGCUCACUUGAACAAUGUAGCCAGGGUUUCACAGGCUCGCACACAUGCAGCACAAUUGAUAACCACUGACCUGCAAGAGAAAGCAGCAGAAUACCACAGUCAAGCUUCAAGAGUGAGAGAGAUUUUGGAUGGUGUGGGAUUAGCAUUUGAGGAUCUCUCACAGAAUGCAAUGGCCUCGACGAAAGUAAUAGGGACUGUAGCAAAUUCAUUGAAUCUGAAAGAUACUGAAAUGAGCAGUUUUCUUGUAGGAAUGGGAGAUCUUCUACUACGGAAGAUUGAUGCAGAGGAGAAGAGAGACAAAGCUCAUAAGGAAUCGAAAGAACUUUUGGAAAACAUCCGUAAGGCUAUUAAACACUUGACUCAUUUGAAGAGAACUGUGACUGAACUUGAAGAAGAAGCAAGUCAUCGUGAGGGCAUAAUUCAGCAGAGACAACACAACCUGAAGAUUAUGGCUUCAAAACAAAAUCAGUAUGUGAUACAGCUUGCCAACAUUAAGACAGCAUUGAACAAAGUGGGUUACACUCCUGAGAUAAAUCACGGUGCACUGAUUCAAAUGAUUGAAAACCAGAAAGAGCUGGAGAGUAAAACCGAACCCAUAUUAAAUAUUCUGCAGACUUACCAAAACCUACCACCUGAUAAAUAUCUUGCUGAAUUAGCCAUUGAGGAAAAGAGGUAUGAGUGUGAAGCUGCAGAGAGAUCUCUUGAAGAUGCAGUACAGAAAGCAUUGAACACCUUAAGUGAAUGAUGGGAUACUGCAUUUAGCAUUACCAUCCUUAGUUAAAAGGGACUUCCCUUGGCACCUUGUCUGGCUGAUUGUUGUGUCAGCAAAAAAUUUGUGAACACCUUAAGUGAAUGAUGGGAUACUGCAUUUAGCCUUAUCAUCCUUAGUUAAAAGAGACUUCCCUUGGCACCUUGUCGCUGAUUGUUGUGUCAGCAAAAAUUUUGUAUGAUUCUUUUUUCAAUAAUGUGCUACAAACUGUAGACAAACUGUCAAUCAGAAUUGUAAGGCACGAUUUAAGGUUGAAGUGAUUCUUAGCAGCUCACUUUGUAAAACUUCCCUACCCUAUCCUGUAAGUAAAGUGAGUAUCUUCCAUAUUUUUUCAUGAUAUUUUUUGGCCAUGUCUUUCUCUA